AUGAAGUACGAGCGCAUGCCAAUCGAGAUUGAGGCGCCUGAAGAGUACGGUUACGACAAGAUCAAGUAUAAUCUUUCCGAGAGCUCCAUCACGGACCAGACCAUCGAAUCUCUAGGGCUUCAGAUUCCAAAUCUCAAACUUCUCUAUAAUGAACACCGAGGCGAGACCGAGCUGCGGAAGCUGAUCGCCGACGACGCUGAUGUGAGCGCUGAUGAUGUCCUAAUCACCUCAGGUGCCGCUGGUGCCUUGUUCAUCAUCACCACGUCGCAGCUGGGUAGCACACACGCCGGGGAGCGCAAUCACCUCGUCGUUGUUCGCCCAAAUUACGCCACCAAUCUGGAAACACCCAGGGCUACUGGCUGUGAGAUAUCGUACAUUGACGUUACCUUUGAGUCUGGCUUCCAGCCCAACAUUGAUGACAUUGAAGAUGCCAUCAAGCCCAACACUCGGCUUGUCUCCGUGACCUGCCCGCACAACCCUACUGGCUCGACUUUAUCGCGGGAGGCGCUUGACAGGCUUGUUGCUGUGACCAAGAAAAAGGGCGUUCUUUUGCUUGUCGACGAGACAUAUCGCGAUAUCGCUUUUUCUCAAAAGCUUCCUUCAGCGGCCUCCUUAGGUGACCACGUCCUAAGCGUAAGCUCGUUGUCCAAGUCGUUCGGAAUUCCUGGGAUUCGUAUUGGCUGGCUCAUCACCACAAACAGGGCUCUGCAAGAGGUCUUUUUGGCAGCGAAGGAGCAGAUUUGUAUCAGCGGCAGCGUCAUCGACGAAUGGAUUGCCACGCAGGUUCUGUCGGAAAGAAAGAAAAUCCUAGCCCAUACGACACAGGAAAUGAAUGUCCGUCUUCAAAUGGUCGAGUCAUGGAUCGAAAGUGAGGACUUGUUGGAAUGGGUGAAACCUACCGGUGGUGUCGUCUGCUUCCCGAGGAUCAAAAAGGAGCCCAAAGGUGGACUGCCAGCAUUCUACGACAGGCUACUCAAGAAGUAUGCUACGUAUGUUGGCCCAGGACACUGGUUCGAAUUGCCCGAUAAUUUCUUCCGCCUUGGAUAUGGCUGGCCGACACGUGAGGAACUUGAGGGAGGUAUGAAGGCCAUCUCGGCGGCACUGCGGGAUGAUUGA